UCUCCUGCGGGGCAUUGGGCCAGUCUGUGAGUUCCUCCCACUAUUUUCCACUGAGCGACAAGGCUGCACAUUGUGCUCAGACGGGCCAGCCAGCCAGCCAGCCAAGGUUACACAGUCGUUUUCUCUCCCUUUAAAAGGUGACAAAUGGAGACCUUCAAUCUUAAACUUAACGCUCAGUUAGAGACAUGGAUUGGUCCCAGAGAUCAGCGGGUGCGGGGAUGGCUGCUGCUCGACAACUACCCACCAACCUUUGCACUUACAGUCAUAUACCUUCUGAUUGUGUGGAUGGGGCCCAAGUACAUGAAAUACAGACAGCCGUACUCGUGCAGAGGCCUCCUGGUGUUCUACAAUCUGGGCCUCACACUCUUGUCUUUCUACAUGUUCUAUGAGCUUGUUACUGCAGUGUGGUAUGGUGGCUACAACUUCUACUGCCAGAACUCACACAGUGCAGAGGAAGCGGAUAACAAGAUCAUGAAUGUCCUGUGGUGGUACUACUUCUCUAAGCUCAUCGAGUUCAUGGACACCUUUUUCUUCAUACUGCGAAAGAAUAAUCACCAGAUCUCAUUUCUUCAUGUCUACCACCACGCUACCAUGCUGAAUAUCUGGUGGUUCGUUAUGAACUGGCAACCCUGUGGCCACUCAUACUUCGGUGCCGCCAUAAACAGCUUCGUCCACGUCGUGAUGUAUUCGUACUACGGCCUCUCAGCCAUCCCGGGCAUUCGACCAUACCUUUGGUGGAAGAAGUACAUCACACAGUUACAGAUGAUCCAGUUCUUUUUAACCAUGUGUCAGACGAUGUGUGCAGCCAUAUGGCCGUGUGGCGUCCCCGUGGGAUGGCUGUACUUACAAAUAGGCUACACGAUCACACUCAUGAUCUUUUUCUUAAACUUCUACUUUCAGACUUACAAGAAGCGCAGCCCUUCUCGACAGAAGGAGCACAUGAACGGCUCUCCUGUAUCAACAAAUGGACAUGCAAAUGGGACACCGUCUAUGGAGCACAGUGGACACAAGAAGCUGAGGAUGGAUUGACAUUUGAGAAAUCGCAGCCCAGUUCUCACUGUAGCGCGUUAGCUAAUGCUGCUAGCAGGUAUAUGUAUCUUCUUAUCUAGAAUAGUCUUGCACUUGAGAUGAAAAUAAGCCAUAGCCACAUAUAUGCAGAGACUUCCCAUGUUUUUACACACAUUCCUACUCAUAAUGUUGAAGUAUUCAAUUAAUAUAGUUAAGGGAAAAGAGCAUUGUAGUAGGGUUGACACUGCACAAUAUUGAGUCCCCCAGCCUCACAGUAAAAUGUCACCUACCAGCAAACAAGGACACAUUUUGACUCAUUCCAUGAUGCUUUACACACAGAGGGUCCAAAGUUGAGCGCUCCAGUGAGUGUGUUGGCAGCUGAGGGUUUCAUAACACUCUGUGACAUCUCUGUCUCAACAAUCUAAAGGACAGCUUAGUAACACACUGCUUACUGUGGUCCUUAAUGUGUAACUAGAGCAUGCAUCUUGAGUCUUACUUUAUCUCACUCUUGCCUGUGUUGUUACAUAAUCAGAAAAUUUGCUCUUUGUAAUACUGCCAUGCAUUUUUAUUGGCAGGUUGUAACAGCAGAAGUUGCACAUUGCUGUAGCCUGCAUUUGCAGAAAAUUUAGUCUUCUUACCAAAGCAUAAUGCACUGCAUUUGUUAGAAUUCAAUUUAAGACACAGUGUUAGAGGGCAGUUGUAUUUUAUGAACAUAUUAAAUCAAUAAUUCUAAUUAUGUAAUUAUAAUUAUUGAGUAUAAUUAUGUAGAAUUGUAAUUAUAAUAAUAAUUAUUAUAAUUAUAAUAAUUGUCAUCAUUGUAAUUAAAUCAAUUCUCCUUAAAGGUAUACAAUGCAGGAUUUCCCUAAAAAACAAUAUAAAGCAGCAUAUAAAACUAUGUCUGUUUCUGCAGAGAUUCUGCCCUGUGCUUUUAUUUUCUUUAUUUCUUAGUAUUUCGCUGUGUUUUGGACAUUAAUGAUUCUGGAGAUGGUGAUGUCUCAUUUCCAGACUCAACAACCAACUAACCCAAAGUGUCCGUAUUUGACGACGUGGGAACGAGAAAGAACAAUCAACUACCUUUGAACUACUGCACCUUUGAAUGGGGUGUUUACAAACAGCAGCCGAUAAAUCCUGCGUAGUGUGCCUUUAACAUCCCUCACGUUACAUAAAUCCUCCUCCUCCUUUCACACUGUGUUGUAUCUGCUUUAGCUUUAUCCAGUAAAUGCAUUUAGAACUUGAACUCACUGACUUUAAAUAAGGCGAUGCCCAUCAGGUCUGCAGUGCAGUUGCUUAACGGCAAUAUUUAAGAAUCAAAUUUAUCAAGUGAAUAUAAGCACACUGUAUAAUUCACGGCUAAAUAUUGGAAAUUCUAUCCAGAUAAACUUUGCUAUAUAGUUGAGAAUUUAAAGCUCACUGUUGACCUUGGAAACAACAAAUGAAAACACGGUCUCAUCAUGAGGUCCAUUUAAUAGGUUCUCUGGAGCUUUUGACUGUCACAUUAGUGGAUGUUGCCCAGUUGUCAUUCGACUUCUUUAAAAUGCUCAGAAAAAUGUAUACAUCUACAGACCAUAUGAAAAGCUCCAGGACACUUACUAAAUGGACUUAUUUUUUUUAUUUUCAAGUCUACACAUGAAUAGCGUGCCUUCUGAACCAUUUGGUUUCUAAUGUAGCAUUUUUCAACUUUUCAGUAUGCUACCGCCAGAUUCAUGUUGGUCCAACUCAGAGUGAUGGGUAUCAAAUUUCCUGUUCAAAUUGUGUGCCUGACUCAUUGUUUCUUCUUCUUUUUUUUUUUCUCAAAUAUUCAAAACUACCUUUCAUAACUUCACCCAUGCAUGAAGGAUAGCUGGGAAAUACGCUUGCUCUCUUGCAGAGAGAGGAGAUGUUCACUAUGACUGUCAUCAAUCAGUCUUCUCAUCUGAAAGCACGUGUCCCAAACUAUUCCCUGAACAUAUUCCACAAUGAUGAACUGUUUCUCAUUUUACCACAAAACAACAAAAUAAUUACGUGAGACUUAAUUGUUUGUUUUUAGUGGAAAAGGUUAUAGUGAUUCAGCUAUUUAUUCCUUUGUGCUCCUUAUUUUAAUGCAGUUUUCUUUAAACCAUUGCCAGGAGGCCGUUUAGUCAAUGCUGGUGUAGAAAACAAAAGUGUGAGGAUGUUUGAAUUAUGAACUCUGUAAAUGUGACACCUUCGUUGUGGUGCACUGCUGCGCUGCUCUACCAUGCUGAUUGAAUUUAAUGAGGUACUGUAUGGUCUUCACCACUGACUGAGCAUGACAUAUUGCUCAAAUGUAAAGGUGACCUGGAUACACGUUCACUGCAUCAGAAAUUAUUGUUAAAAUCUGAAUAACACAUUCAAAGGUCUCAUUUUCCCUGCAUGAUGAAUCUGGUCCACAGAUGUCUAAAGAUAACGCAAAAACCUGCUUAACAUGCAUGACCCAUAUUGAACCCAUAUUGUUUAAUCUUUUUUUUUUUUUUAAUUUCCAGCAGCAGGAAGGUGACAGGGCUUAAGAUAACAGGGUUUAUAUAUUUAUGGGUAGGUACUCCCCACUUAAUAAAAUCCAGAGAAGCAGGUACCCUAUGAGAUAUUACAUACAUUUUAUAAACUGCAGAAAUAAAUGAUGGUAUAUAUUUUUCUGAAAGUUUGGGUAAAUCGGGGUUAAUGAGAUGUGUGACUCGUGCUUUUCUUGCCGUAACACAUUAAAAACACUGAGAUUGUAAACCUG